UCAACAUUUGCUUAGUAUUUAUCGAACAGCGACGAGGAACGAAUUAUCAAUCUGUGGAUUUUUCUAGUACAGUGCGAGUGCGGAAAAUACUUGACGACAUUAAACAACCCACGCAAUUGUCCGCGACCAGUGUCACAGCUAAUUUAAAACACUAUUCGAGAACACGGACAGGAAUUGUAUUUUUAAAUUCGGGAGUGAAUUUGUUGAAAAAUGUCGAUUUCGAAGAACCUAAGUCGCUAUAAAAAUUGUGUUGGGAAAAUUCCCGCAAGGCAGCUAAACUGUGAUAGUUCCAACGCAAUGGACCCCCAAAAACUGCAAGCAAAAAACGUGAUCAUUUCCCAGUGGAAUUUAGUCAAUCAACUCAAAACCACACUAUCAAAAUUCACAAACGAGAAGACUGUGGAAAAUGCCUUAAAUCAAGAAUUUACAAAGUUUUUGCAACGAAUCCAACCAACAAUCAAUGGAAUCGACCUGACAAAAUACUUUAAUGCUUUAUCAUUGCCAAUUUUCAAAAACUCUGAACAAAUAAGUGAGACCACAGUUGCUAAAAACAGUGUGAAAGAAAUGAAAAAAGUUGUGCCAAAAUGGAAAGAAAAUAGCGUUACCACAAAGGAAUCGGUAGCCUCUCGAACACAUCAAAUUUUAGAUCUGUUGGCAAGUGCCAAGUCACACCAAACGAUUUUGAAUCGAACGGAAGCAUUAAAUGCGCACCUGAAUAAAUACCCCGAAGCCAAACACUUUGCAGUUAAGAGCAACGCAAUUCCCUUAUUAUUAAAAAUAAAAACCGGAAAUGCGAAUAACGACACAAUUAGUGGGGCCGUCAACGAAACACUGGCCCUACUGGGGUACGCAGGCCCUGUCUCUGGAAAAGGGGUCCGCAUUUUAUCAAUCGACGGGGGCGGAGUCCGAGGAAUCCUCGUAAUCGAAAUGUUGAAAAAACUGGAAGAGUUAACCGGAAAACGGAUUUCCGAGAUGUUUGACCUCAUUUGUGGCGUCAGCACUGGGGCUAUAAUUGCCAGUUUAGUCGGUGUUAAACGCUACACUUUGGAUGAAAUUUCCGAAAUUUACAAGAAUUUGAGUACUCAAAUUUUUACUCAGUCUGCGCUCAAGGGCACAAGUAGCCUGGUGUGGAGCCACUCUUAUUACGACACUGCGCGGUGGGAGAAGCUCCUUCAGGAGCAAAUUGGCAAUCAGACGCUUAUUUCAACGGCCAGGAGCUCGCACUGCCCCAGGCUUUGCGUGUUAUCAGCUGUUGUAAAUCAAUCAAGACUAUCAGCUUACGUUUUUCGCAACUAUUCUUUACCAUGUCGUGUGCAGUCCCAAUAUUUGGGAAGCCAUAAACACUUAAUCUGGGAAGCGGUGAGGGCAUCGGCCGCAGCGCCAACUUACUUCGAGGAAUUCAAAUUGGAGAACAUGCUGCACCAGGACGGCGGUAUUUUAUUCAACAACCCAACGGCGGUGGCAAUCCACGAAGCCAGACUCCUCUGGCCGGAAGCCCCCAUCCAGUGCGUGCUGUCGUUUGGCACCGGCCGUACCAUCCCCUUGCCCGUCGACCCCAACACCCAGAAAGCGGUCCGGAAUUCGUCGUGGAAAAGCAAGUUCUAUGCCAUUAUUGAGAGCGCAACGGACACAGAAGGGGUGCACACAAUGCUCUCAGAUCUGCUGCCCCCGAGUAUUUACUACCGGUUCAAUCCGUAUCUGACCGAAAUGUUGGAUAUUGCGGAAAUUGAUCCGAAAAAAGUGGAGCAGUUAUUAAGGGAUGCUGUCAUGUAUUUGAGGCGGAACGAGGAUAAGUUUCACGAAGCUGCAAGGGUUUUGCUCCAGGAGAAAUCGCUAAGUCAGAAAGCCAUUGAUUGGUUGAGUCUGCAGCAGGAGAUAAGGGGCUUCAGACGGGUGCCGCAAACGUUACUCACGGCGUAGCACAAUAAGAGUAUUAUCAAUUAUUUUAGAUUAGAAAAUUAGGUUUUGUAUUCGAUUUGUCUUAAUAGAUUUACAACAAUUCGGUUGCAAUUUGCGACUUCUACCAUUAGUGAUAGAAAUGGUUGUGAUAAUUAUUAAGUUAAGGAGAACUGUUUUUAUUUUAGACAAUUUGAAAUAAAUUUUUUUAGUAACAAA